AUGGUCCCAUUAUUGAAGUUUUUUGUGAACAUCACAAUCCUCGAGAAAUACUGUGGAUAUGGAUUUCUGGGAGAUAGAUCUGGCAACCCAAUUUUAAUGUCCCUUCUGGGCAAUAUGGAUGUUGAGGGGAUGCUCCGAUCAGUUCAAUCAAAAGAUUACAUUAAAUUUUCACUUGCUGCCAUAGAAAAGGGUAUAGCUUUGUGUAGACAACGGGCUCAGGAAUCUGGACUUGCUUUUGAGCAGAUGAUGCUCGUCUUCGAUUUAGACCACAUAACAUCUGCCCAUUAUUCAUCCAAACAAUUUGCUUCUUCCUUCACAACCUUAAUUAUGCUAUUUCAAGAACACUAUCCACUUGUUUUAAGAAAAAUUUUGAUUAUUAGAGCACCAGAAAUGGCCAGAAUUGCUUUUAAUUCAAUGACACCUUUCCUCUCUGAAGCAACCCAAAAAUUAAUUGAAAUCCCGUCAGAGGAGGAUUGGAAAAUGGCGUUGAGUGAAUAUGUGGAUCUCGAUGCUUGGCCAGUCCAUUGGGGAGGCAGAAUGUGCGAGAAUGGAGAUCCAAAAUGCCCCUCAAAAGUUCGUUACGGCCUUGGGCCCGUCCCUGACUCCUAUUAUGUUGACCAGUCAACAGUAAUGACUGAUUACGAUCAACUAACUACAGUGUAUGCAGGUGAUAAACAUCUAAUUGAGUUGAGAGUGAAGGCUAAUACUAGAAUAAGGUGA